UCUGUUUUUUGAUUUUAUUUUCUGUGAUGGGGGCAGCAGCGGACGUUGGGAGCUUCGUCAACGGAUUUCUGGACAGCUUCGGUCCCGCUGGUGCCGCGCCGGCUCCCGUUGGCUCUCAUUUCGUGCUCACCCCAGCCGGGGCGGUGGACUACAACUCUGUGGGCGGACUGAUGAUGGGGGGACAGGGGCAGCAGCAGGAGCACCUGGUGUCCGCGGAGAGGCUGUCCCGGAGCCUGGCAGACCUCAGCCAUCUGAAGGGGAUCCUGAGGCGGAGGCAGCUCUACUGCAGGACCGGGUUCCACCUGGAGAUCCGUCCCGACGGCACCGUGCAGGGCACCAGGAAGGACCACAGCAGAUUCGGUAUUCUGGAGUUCAUCAGUCUGGCUGUAGGACUGGUCAGCAUCAGAGGGGUGGACAGUGGCCUCUACCUCGCCAUGAACAACAAGGGAGAACUGUACGGAUCGGAGAAGCUGUCUGCAGAAUCUGUUUUCAGGGAGCAAUUUGAGGAGAACUGGUACAACACCUACUCGUCCAACAUCUACCGGCAUGGAGAAAAAGGCGCUUUUUACUUCGUUGCUCUGAACAAAGAUGGGACAUCCCGGGACGGAACAAGGUCGAGGAGACACCAGAGGUUCACCCACUUCCUGCCGAGGCCUGUCGACCCUGAGAGGGUACCAGAACUUUACAGAGACAUCCUGGGCCAGAGCUGAGACUAAAGGGGAGAAAACCAUGACCCCUGUCAAAGCCAGUAUGAGCUGAAAAAGCAACGCAAGUGCACAUUAAACGACCCCUUCUCUGUGAGAGGGGAGAUCUUGUUAGUCUAGAGGAAACAAGAUCAUAAAAAGUGCAUCAAAUCACUCCCCGACUCUGACAUGGAGGAGGGAAAGGGACCCGCUCUGAAGCAGACUAAGCGUGGAGUUUUACUUAACGGCACCAGGGAUCAUCUGGGGAAGAUUUGAAGACCUCAUGAUGGACGGAUGGAGUCGCUACCUUGCCCCUAGUAUUGCCCCUCUAUUGGCCUAUGCAGAGGCCAUGGCGGCCAACAGAUUAUUUACUUAUUUUUAAAUUGAGUCCAAACACCUGCGAGCCCAAAGUGCAUGAAGAGGACAAAAGUGUGGGAACUAAUAAGUGAGAUUAGAAAUAGACUGCUGAGUCAUUUCCACUGAUUUUGUCUGGGCUUUUAAUAUUAUUUAAAAAAACGCUGCUAAGUAAAUGGUUUAUUAAAAAUGCAUUAUCAUCCAUACAGAGUGGCUGGUUUACACAAAAAGGUAGUUUUUAUGCACUGGAAGGCGGCCAUGUCUGUUUGGGGAAAACAGGUGUGAGGGGGGAAAUCUGGACCGGCUGACAGAUUAAAACUGAAACUGCUCCAAAGGCAAAAUGUGACUUUUCGACAAAGUGCAUGAGGAACAAGAGAAGAAGAAGUUUUUCUUCUGUGGUGGAAUACUGCACAUUCUGUUUGAACUCCAGAGACGCGUCCUUAAACCCUGUGAAGGAAUUUCCUGCUGACUGCAGUCAGAACGACGAGAGCGACGCCCCGG